UGGGAGCUCGGUUGCCACGGAGCCCCCAUGUACGCCUUUUACUCGCUGCUGGUCUACAUCUUCUACACCCUCUUCAAGAAGGAUGGCGGCGAGGAGGAGGAGGAGGAGGAGGAAGGGGGGGCAAAGGGGCAGCAGCCCCCCGACGGGCAGGACGGCGCUCCCCAGGACUGCAAAGCUUUUUCCAUGGAGCAAUCAAGGAGGACGAAGAAAGCCCUGAGCAAAGACCCCUGGAAGGAGCUGAGUGAACUGGACAGCAGCUCGGAGAGCGACAGAAGCAACAAUACAGAGGAAGAGGAGGAAGAGGAGGAAGGCCUUGGUUUGGGGGACGCCCCGACUCCACUCACUGAGUUCCGGUCCCUCAAGGCGGAGGCUGCCGUGAAGACCCUCCUUGGGGAAAAAGACCCAGCCAGUGGAAAGCCUCCUGAGUCGCCUCUCCUCUCGGUGAUCUCCCACCUCCUCUCCUUCCUGGAGCAUUAUGCGCAGAUGCAGCAGCUGCAAGAGCAGGCCUGCGAGUACCGCUCCCGCCUGCGCAAGGAGGAGAGUCGGCGCCGCAAGCAGCUGAGGGGUCUGAGGAGGGCCUAUCGCCAGCGGGUGAAGGACAAGCUGAGCCUCAUCGAGAGCCUGGAAGGCGUCAUCUCUGAGCAGCAAGGCUUGCUGGAGAAGAUGCAUGAAGGGAUGAAGCUGCCUUCAGCCUGCCUGCUCUACCCGGUGUCCUCGGCCGGGGUUCACCAGCUGGUGGAGUCUAUCAACACCCUCCAGGGCGAGCGGAGCCGGCUGUCAGAAGAGGUGACAGGCCUCCGUCAGCAGGCGGAAGUGCGGGAGAGAGAGAAGCAGCGGCUGGCUGGGAAUUUCCACCACCAGAUCCAGGGGCUGAAGCAACAGAUCCAGGAGCGCGAGGAGGAGCUGGAACGGCUUCGCAUGGGCACGGGAGUGACCGACUCGGAGAAGCGGAUCCACAACCUGACGGUGGAGAACGAGGGGCUGAAGCAGAGCCUGAAUAUCACCCAGGGGCUCCUGCAGCAGCUGGCCACUGUCUCCGCGCAGCCCCCUGCACAGCUGGUGAAGGAGAACGAGGACCUCCGCACCAAAGUGCAGCAGCUGGAGGCCACCUUGCAGCGGAAGGUGGAAGAGCUGAUGUCCCUGGAGGUGCAGAUGGACCGGCUGCAGUGGCGCAAGGAGGAGGAGGUGCGCCACCUGGACGAACGCCUGCGAGGGCUCCAGCUCUCCCUGGAGGCGCAGAAGAGCCGCCCCCCUGAAGUGCAGUAUAUCACCAAGACGGUGGAGGUGGACUCCCCCCGUAGCCUCCAGGCUGUGGCAGAGGCCGAGGAACGGAACCGCGCCCUGAUGGAGCAGCUGACGCCAGCGGAGAGAUGCCAGCAGCUGGCAGAGCAACUGCAGAGCUCUGAGGAGAUGACAGCAAGGCUGAAGCACAAGGUAACGAGAUGA